AUCGUGGCUAACCCGUUUGCCUCUUUCGAGUCGAUCCGGGUGAACUGCUGGAACGCACCGUGUGUACAAAGUCCAUUGAUCUCAUUAUGUAUCAUAUAUUGGAGAUCAAUGGUUUUUAUCAAAGAAUCGUCUAGUCCAUGCAAUGCAUGCAAAAGUGUUUUGUUUGCGCAUGUUCAGCACGCACUCGGCCAAGCUUUCCGUACCGCGAGAAUACUGCCUAGUGCCCUUGUGCCUAUACUGGGUCACGGAAUAUUCCAAGAGAAGUGUCGACUGCGCUGCCACUGCCAGCCAAGCAAUAAGCUAGUGGACCUGCCUUGGAGUUGGAAAGAGAAGAAGGAAUAAUCUCAGCCAAAAAUAAAAACCUAUAACGCAACAAUGGGUUCUGGACAAAGUCAUGACGCCGCGCUUCGAGAGAAACAUGUGGUGGUGGUGGGCGGCGGGUACGGCGGCACGGUCGUGACGCUGAAGCUGCAGGGAAAGUGCAAGAUCACUUUGAUUGAUCCGAAGGAAGCUUUCCAUCAUUGUCUGGGGGCACUGAGAUCCUGCACCGAAGAUGGUUAUGCCCGGAAAACCCUCAUCCCCUACGCCCCGGCUUUUGGGGAGAACUUCAAACGAGGCACGGUGGAGGCCGUCGACCCUACGGCCAAGAAGGUCAAGCUAGUCGGAGGGGAGGAGGUCAGCUACGACUACCUCGUCAUGGCAACCGGAAGCAAGGGGCCCUUCCCUGGUAGAAUCUCAGGGGGAGAGGACACAAGCGUCUAUGUCCAGCAAUACACAGACAUGUUUCAAAAGAUAAAGGCAGGUAAAGAUAUCGUGGUUGUCGGCGGCGGGGCCGUUGGAGUUGAAUUGGCCGGCGAGAUUGCCACGGACUUCUCGGACAAUCAGGUGACUAUCGUCCACUCCAGAGACUAUCUGGUGGAGGGGGACUUGGCCCCGAAAUUCCGGAAAGGAUUGGUGGACCAACUUAGGGCUAAAGGCGUCAAGCUUGUUCUGGGUGAGAAAGUGUCCAAUCUGUCCGAUUUGCCCCGGGAUGGCUCGUCCAGAUGCACCGUCAAGACCGACAAGGGAACAGAGAUUGAAGCGGACGUGGUGCUGGUGUGUGUCGGACUGCCCUGCAAUUCCUCAGCUUACGCUACCUCUCUGAGUAACUGCAUGGAGAAGACGGGUCAUCUGAAGGUCAACCGGAGCCUUCAGGUGGAGGGUCUAGAUGACGUGUUUGCCAUCGGCGAUUGCUGCAACGUCGACCCGGUCAAGCUGGCCUACUUGUCUGGAAUGCAGGCGGAGAUAGCCGUCAAAAACCUUCGACUUCUCGCUCAAGGAAAGACCAAGCUCAAAGCCUGGACCCCAAUUGGAACGAUGAUGGUGGUCCCGGUCGGACGGAAUGGCGGCAUGUUCCAGAAGGGAACGAUGGUGUUCGGUUCUUUUGCGUCUCGGAAGAUCAAGAGCGAAGGUUUGUUUACGUCCAGGUACUGGGGCGAUAUGAAACAGAAGAUGCCACAGACUAGAAAGAAGUAGAUGCCACGGUUUGAGGCAUAAAAUCUGUGUCCAAUUGGCAGAGUCAUGCCUAUUAACUAAAAUUACGUUUUGAACGACUAAAUACAGGAAGAAUAAAAAGAAGAAAAACAAAGUCGAGACUAUUGUUUUAUUAGUGACGUUCUGCAUGUAGCACUUUUAAAAUCUUCGAUAUAUAAGCCCAAUUCGUAAGCUUUCUUUUAGUACAAGAAUCAUUCAAAUCAAUUGUGUACUUUUCAAGUUACGGAAUUUUAAAGACAACCAUCGUUUUAGAGUUCUGUCCAUAGAUCACCAAAAAAGGUGUGCGUUCUUUCUGCAAACGAAAUAAUAGUGUAGCUUUGUGUGUUGCAUUUUGUUUAAUUUUGUGCAAUUAAAGACCAGACUUGUCUUAUAUAAUCAUAAUACUUAAAGGGCCCAAAGUAAUGUAGUUGUUUUAAAGCCCUUGAAAAUGAACCUUCGGGUCCCAUUAAACCUCACUUUGAAUUAUCAUUUUGCCAUUUUAAAGGGUAUUUUCGUGCCUUUUUGUUUAUAAUGUUAUUUCAAAUUUGUAAUAUUCAUAAGUGUGACCAUUUUAGUCAAGAACCUCCAUGCUUUAGCUAUUUCAGCACCAACUUACAUUUGCCAGAAUGUUGGAUAUUUUUGAUACAUUUUCUUUUCUUUGGAGUGAUGGUUUGUUGUUUCAAUACAUGACAGUUGGCCAUUGUGCAAAAUUUUCUCAUUUGUUUUAAAAUAACACAUGUUGAGUUCAAAAUUUGAACAGAAAACCUAUCCAUAGAAAAGUGUCUUCCUGAAAUGACAUCACAGCAACACCGAGCGCCCUCAUUUGUUAGGAAAAGCGUGGACAAUUUUAAAUGUUUAAAUUCAGAAUCUCACUUUUUCACGAAAAGUUCAUAAAGGGGAUAUUAAAUAGUUUUCAUACAUUUAAGAAGAGUAGCAAAGGUGCUCCAUAUGUUCCCAAAAUUCACUGGACGCUUAAAUAGGUGCUGUGAAUGUUUUAAAAACAUUCAGAUGGUCAUGAUCAUGUCUUAGUAGAACCAUGGCAUAUUCAUUAAUUGUAACUUGUUUAUUUGUAACAUUUUCACGGCCAGCUGUGCGUCAUUUUUAUAACUGUACAUGUAUCAGAAACUGCUUUUUUGUGUGUAGGCAUAAUGUGUGUAUAAAAAUGUUUUACCUGUAAUUUAUAUAAUAUAAGAGUUUGUCAUGGUAUAUGCCAGUCAUACAUUUAUUUUCAUACAAUAUACCAACAAUUAAUGAUGUACUAAUAAUUAUUUUUAAUGUCUCACUGAAAAGAUUGCCUUUCCAAGCCAAUUUUGUCCAUUAGCAUUGUAAAUGUAUAUUUUGUUUUGUUAAUUUGUUUUGCUAAUUCAGUCAAUGUUACGGGAGUAAAAUGAGGAUGCCCAACAUUUUAAACAAAAUUAAAGAUAACAUUUGGCUACUUAAUUGAUUUUAAUCAUUGUCAUUUUUAAGUUAGUUUAAAUUUAAAAUUUGGCUACUUAAUUAAUUUUAAUCAUUGUCAUGUUUAAGUAAGUUUAAAGUUAAAAUUUGGUUACAUAGUUGAUUUUAAUAAUAAUUACUAUGUUUAAGUUCGUUUUAUUCGUGACUAUAUUUCUACAUAGGUAGUUUAUGUUUAGCACGAGGCAAAUUGUGAAUAGGCCUACUUGAACAAUUGCCAGAAAAAAAGUAGAUGACAAAUUUUGCUUUUGUGUCUCGCUAUUUCUUUGCAAAUACCUUCAAGA